CACCGGCUGCCUGCUCAGUGCUGAGCCGUUCACGUAUGGCCUGUGCGCGUUCCCGGUUUGGAGAGGUCGGUGCCAUCUCCAUGCUCGCCUAGAGGAAAAGGUGCUUUGUUUCUCAAAGCUAUAAUUCAAGAAAACGGACUAAAUGUAUAGAUGAGCGACCAGCCAUAACCACCAAGCCCAGACAACCAGAACCCUGGUCAGAACCACUUUCUCUCUCCCUGUUGCCGACUGCCGACGCCCUGGGACCCGUCGUCACCAUGGAGACGGUGGUGAUCGUGGCCAUUGGGGUGCUGGCCACCAUCUUCCUAGCCUCCUUCAUUGCCCUGGUGGUGGUGUGUCGACACCGCUACUGCCACCCCCACCACCUGCUGCACCACUUCAACUCCAAGCCCAAUGGACUGACCUGCUGGUUUGAAGCUAUAAGUCUAUGGAUUGAACAGAGCGACUUCACAGCACUAAGACCCAAUGUUGACCUGAUCGGUGCCAUGGAGACCCAGAGUGAGCCGUCUGAGCUGGAGCUGGACGACGUGGUCAUCACCAACCCUCACAUCGAGGCCAUCCUGGAGAACGAGGACUGGAUCGAGGACGCCUCUGGAUUGGUUUCACAUUGUAUCUCCAUCUUAAAGAUCUGCCACACCCUGACUGAAAAGCUGGUUGCCAUGACAAUGGGCUCAGGCGCUAAGGUGAAAGCCCCAGCCAGCCUCAGUGACAUCAUCACUGUGGCUAAACGCAUCAGUCCGAGGGUGGAUGACGUUGUGCGGUCAAUGUACCCUCCACUGGACCCCAUACUUCUUGAUGCCAGGGCCACCGCCCUCCUCCUGUCAGUCAGUCACCUGGUGCUGGUGACACGCAACGCCUGUCACAUGUCUGGCAGCAUGGACUGGAUCGACCAAUCACUGCACGCCGCUGAGGAUCACAUGGUGGUGCUGCGGGAGGCGGCGCUAGCGUCUGAACCGGAACGGAGUCUACCUGGAAUAGACGUGCAGAGAGAGCAGGCUAUCUAGAACACACAGACAUGUACAUACACACAUGCACGCAUACAUUCACAUAGACAUUGGCAAGCAGGCACAUACACUCCUUCUCUAUACAUCAUACAAAUAGACACAUUAAUGCACAUCUCGGGCACAUUCUCACGCAUACACAAUGCUUGAUAAACACACAAUAAAAAAACUCGACACAUUCCCAAUGCUCUUUCCCACUGUUGUUCUGUGCUGAUUUACAUACAGAUGGGUUGCUAGAUAAUAGAAAAGAGCUGGUUUUAGAAAAGGAUGGGUUGCCAGAUCCUUGUGCUAUUUUGCUCUUGAUCCUUUGACUUUUACCAUGUUUCUGGUUUUGUAUAUAGUUAUGUAUAACCAUACUGUAUGUUAUGAUUAGGAUUUAUAUAGAUUUUAUGUUACACUCUCAGACUCAGAUUGUAUUGUAAGUGGAGAGCUCAUUGAGACAGGCUUGUGUGUAGUUGUUGCCAUGGACGACUGCCCCCUUGAUAUUCAUUCCUGGGUGUCUUCCAUCUCCCAGCAGUGAGCUAUAAUCCACCCCGUUAGGAGUGCACAGUCACAUGGAAGCUUAAAUUUAGUCAACUAAUCCAUGUGGGGGAAAACCCUGGACACCCAAUAGGACCAAAGGCCUGGGAAAUACAUGCACACCUACUCAGAGCAAUACACUCUUAUUUAGAGCAAUACACUCUUACUCAGAACAAUACACUCUUACUUAGAGCAAUACACUGAUACUCAGAGCAAAAUACUCUUACUUAGAGCAAUACACUGCUACUCAGAGCAAUACACUCUUACUUAGAGCAAUACACUCUUACUUAGAGCAAUACACUCUUAUUUAGAGCAAUACACUCUUACUCAGAACAAUACACUGCUACUUAGAGCAAUACACUCUUACUCGGAGCAAUACACUCUUACUCAGAGCAAUACACUGCUACUCAGAGCAAUGCACUGCUACUCAGAGCAAUGCACUGCUACUCAGAGCAAUGCACUGCUACUCAGAGCAAUACACUCUUACUUAGAGCAAUACACUCUUACUUAGAGCAAUACACUCUUACUUAGAGCAAUAUACUCUUACUUAGAGAAAUACACACUUAUUCAGAGCAAUACACUGCUACUCAGAGCAAUACACUCUUACUUAGAGCAAUACUCUUCCUCAGAGCAAUACACUGCUACUCAGAGCAAUACACUGAUACUCAGAACAAUACACUCUUACUUAGAGCAAUACACUGCUACUCAGAGCAAUACACUCUUACUUAGAGCAAUACACUCUUACUCAGAGCAAUACACUGCUACUCAGAACAAUACACUCUUACUUAGAGCAAUACACUCUUACUUAGAACAAUACACUCUUACUUAGAGCAAUACACUCUUAUUUUAGAGCAAUACACUCUUACUCAGAACAAUACACUGCUACUUAGAGCAAUGCACUGCUACUUAGAGCAAUACACUCUUACUCAGAGCAAUACACUCUUACUCAGAGCAAUGCACUGCUACUCAGAGCAAUACACUCUUACUUUGAGCAAUACACUCUUACUUUGAGCAAUACACUCUUACUUUGAGCAAUACACUCUUACUUAGAGCAAUACACUCUUACUUAGAGAAAUACACACUUACUUAGAGAAAUACACACUUACUUAGAGAAAUACACACUUACUUAGAGAAAUACACACUUACUCAGAGCAAUGCACUGCUACUCAGAGCAAUGCACUGCUACUCAGAGCAAUACACUGCUACUCAGAACAAUACACUCUUACUUAGAGCAAUACACUCUUACUUAGAACAAUACACUCUUACUUAGAGCAAUACACUCUUAUUUUAGAGCAAUACACUCUUACUCAGAACAAUACACUGCUACUUAGAGCAAUGCACUGCUACUUAGAGCAAUACACUCUUACUCAGAGCAAUACACUCUUACUCAGAGCAAUGCACUGCUACUCAGAGCAAUACACUCUUACUUUGAGCAAUACACUCUUACUUUGAGCAAUACACUCUUACUUUGAGCAAUACACUCUUACUUAGAGCAAUACACUCUUACUUAGAGAAAUACACACUUACUUAGAGAAAUACACACUUACUUAGAGAAAUACACACUUACUCAGAGCAAUGCACUGCUACUCAGAGCAAUGCACUGCUACUCAGAGCAAUACACUGCUACUCAGAACAAUACACUCUUACUUAGAGCAAUACACUCUUACUUAGAACAAUACACUCUUACUUAGAGCAAUACACUCUUAUUUUAGAGCAAUACACUCUUACUCAGAACAAUACACUGCUACUUAGAGCAAUGCACUGCUACUUAGAGCAAUACACUCUUACUCAGAGCAAUACACUCUUACUCAGAGCAAUGCACUGCUACUCAGAGCAAUACACUCUUACUUUGAGCAAUACACUCUUACUUUGAGCAAUACACUCUUACUUUGAGCAAUACACUCUUACUUAGAGCAAUACACUCUUACUUAGAGAAAUACACACUUACUUAGAGAAAUACACACUUACUUAGAGAAAUACACACUUACUUAGAGAAAUACACACUUACUCAGAGCAAUGCACUGCUACUCAGAGCAAUGCACUGCUACUCAGAGCAAUGCACUGCUACUCAGAGCAAUGCACUGCUACUCAGAGCAAUGCACUGCUACUCAGAGCAAUACACUCUUACUUUGAGCAAUACACUCUUACUUUGAGCAAUACACUCUUACUUUGAGCAAUACACUCUUACUUUGAGCAAUACACUCUUACUUUGAGCAAUACACUCUUACUUUGAGCAAUACACUCUUACUUAGAGCAAUACACUCUUACUUAGAGAAAUACACUCUUACUUAGAGAAAUACACUCUUACUUAGAGAAAUACACACUUAUUCAGAGCAAUACACUGCUACUCAGAGCAAUACUCUUACUCAGAGCAAUACUCUUACUCAGAGCAAUACACUGAUACUCAGAACAAUACACUCUUACUUAGAGCAAUACACUGCUACUCAGAGCAAUACACUCUUACUUAGAGCAAUACACUCUUACUCAGAGCAAUACACUGCUACUCAGAGCAAUACACUGCUACUUAGAGCAAUACACUCUUACUUAGAGCAAUACACUCUUACUCAGAGCAAUACACUGCUACUUAGAGUAAUACACUGCUACUUAGAGUAAUACACUGCUACUCAGAACAAUACACUAUUACUUAGAGCAAUACACUCUUACUUAGAGCAAUACACUCUUACUCAGAGCAAUACACUGCUACUCAGAGCAAUACACAGCUACUCAGAACAAUACACUCUUACUUAGAGCAAUACACUCUUACUUAGAGCAAUACACUGCUACUCAGAGCAAUACACUGCUACUCAGAACAAUACACUCUUACUUAGAGCAAUACUCUUACUCAGAGCAAUACACUCUUACUUAGAGCAAUACACUCUUACUCAGAGCAAUACACUGCUACUCAGAGCAAUACACUGCUACUCAGAACAAUACACUCUUACUUAGAACAAUACGCUCUUACUUAGAGCAAUACACUCUUACUCAGAGCAAUACACUGCUACUCAGAGCAAUACACUGCUACUCAGAACAAUACACUCUUACUUAGAGCAAUACACUCUUACUCAGAGCAAUACACUGCUACUUAGAGCAAUACACUCUUACUUAGAGCAAUACACUCUUACUCAGAGCAAUACACUGCUACUUAGAGCAAUACACUCUUACUCAGAGCAAUACACUGCUACUUAGAGCAAUACACUGCUACUUAGAACCCGGAGUCAAGACAAGCCUCCCUACCAGCUGAAGGUGUUGGGCGGCUUUUUGCUGACCGGUGGUGCGAUGUUAUUGGAGCAUUGCUAGCUGCCUCUCCAUGCAUGCCUAAUACCGUAGCUUGAACUGAAACCCAAGAGCAGUAAUCACAGUAUAACCCAGCUUUACACACACACUGCCCAGCCCUAACACAGCUCACAGAGCUGCGAACACUGCACCACACACUCAAGCUUACAGAGCAACUGUAACAGAGUUCACACACUGCUAACCUAAGGAGCAACUGUACACAGUGAUACACACACUUACGCAACGAGACAGCGUGGAGACUGUAAACACACACAUUAGAGUUUAUAGGCAAAACUAUAUUGUUAAACACUCGGUCAAGCUUAGAGACAAAUCAGGUGUUUUUUCACUUUUGUCUUUCUGAGAAGAUAUGCCUUUUGUGCCGUUGUCCUUCUUGUAAUUCAAGCUCUGAAAUAAUUCAAGCUCUGAAAUUCAGCCUAAGAGAAGACUGCCAGUAUAACUGCAGCCUACAUCAGAUAAGCAGAGCUCUGUGAUGGAAUGAUAUUGAUUGAGAUGAAACAUGAAGAAAGUGGCCACUUCUUUAUUUUCCUGGUUUCCGUUGUUUAUUACAAUUGAUUGCUUUUGUAUGUAAGCUCUCCUGUGUUUUCUCCUCCCCACCCACCGUCCGUUAGUGAUGUUACCUUAUAUCCUGCCUUUUUCACCUUUCUCUUUUUUUCCUCCAUUGAUUUGUACAGGUAAAUUAAAGUUUCAUAGGAAAAUGUG